AUAGUCGAAACCAGUUAUUCGUUUCGUUCAGCUAGUCGAAACCAGUUGGCAACAAACCAGACCGAAUCGAAUCAGACGAUGUAUACAAUUUGGCAAAGAAUUCGGCAACAACUUGUUAACAUUUUCUAAGGGCUCAAUAUCCGAAAUACAGCAGGUCAUGCUUUUGUCUGCAAUCAGUCUUCGUCAGCAAUCUGUAGUUCGUUAUCUCGUUCCUUUAGUAAAAGAUAUUCCAAACCCCCGACGUCUUGGUGCAGCUAUCGAUCUUGGCGACAGUUCCUACUUCGCUAAACACUUUAGUCAUUCAACUUCCGCCAUGAAUUCAUCGAAAUUUCAGUUAUCCCAAAAAUAUAAGGGCCUGGAGAAGAAUGUUUGGGUUGAGUUUAUCGAUUUGGCCAUAAAACAUAAACCACUCAAUCUCGGUCAAGGGUUUCCUGAUUUUGCUCCACCAAAACAUGUAACAGAUGCUCUAGCAGACGUGGCUAAGGGUGACAACAUUUUGUUGCAACAGUACACCAGGGGAUACGGUCAUCCACGUUUGGUUCAAGCUCUCUCCAAACUAUACAGCCAACACAUUGGCAGAACAAUUGAUCCUCUGACUGAGAUACUGGUUACUGGUGGUGCUUACGAAGCUCUCUUCUGCACCAUUAUGGGAUGUAUCGACCAUGGAGAUGAAGUCAUUAUCGUAGAGCCCUUCUUUGAUUGUUAUGAGCCUAUGGUUCGCCUCGCCGGUGGAACUCCAGUCUUCAUCCCUCUUCGUCCCAAAAUUGGCGAAGAGGGCCAUUCGUCUGAAUGGAGAUUAGAUGAGGCCGAGCUGACCUCGAAAUUCACAGAUCGCACCAAGGCCAUUAUAGUCAACACCCCCAAUAAUCCCAUAGGAAAAGUUUUUACAGAGAAAGAACUUGAGUUUAUUGGUCAGUUGUGCAUCAAAUGGGAUGUCUUGUGCAUCAUGGACGAAGUGUACGAGUGGUUAGUUUACGAACCCUACCGCCACUUUCGAAUGGCUUCGCUACCUCACAUGUGGGACCGUACAAUUACAAUUUGCUCAGCCGGUAAGACUUUUAGUGUGACAGGAUGGAAAUUGGGAUGGGCAUACGGCCCGUCUCACUUGAUGCGCAACUUGUGUGUGGCACAUCAAAAUGCUCUUUAUACAUGCGUUACACCGACUCAGGAAGCUGUCGCUCGCGGACUAGAAAUUGAGCUAGAAAGAUUAAACACUGCAGAAAGCUAUUUUAAAUCGUUGCCAAAACUCUUGGAGUCGAAACGAGAUUACAUGGCAAAGUUUCUGACGGAUGUUGGGAUGAAGCCCAUCAUUCCCGAAGGAGGUUAUUUUAUGGUCGCCGAUUGGUCAGCUCUAGAGUCCCACGCCGACCUGAGCGAAAAGAAAUAUCCCGAAAAAGAUUAUUGUUUUGUUGAAUGGCUAACGCGCGUCAAGAAGUUGGCUGGUAUUCCUCCUACAGCGUUCUAUUCGGCCGAAAAUAAGAAUCUUGGAGAAAAUUAUAUCCGCUUUUGUUUCAUCAAAGAGGACGCUAAUUUGCAGAAAGCCGAAGAAAUCUUCAAAGAAUGGAAGAAAAGCAUGUAGAAGCAACACAAACAAGUGAUAUUUAAAGAAAUUACGUAAGAAACGAUUAUUUUUAAUGAUCAUUAUAUACUUGAGUUUCUUUUACUGCUGGAAGGCUCCAAAAUUUCGUGUUUUCAAAUACAGUCCUCGCGGAUAGGAAAUUAGCAGGA